AAGGCAAAAAAAUGAGAAAAAAAAAAGUGAACUCCGUUGAAUAACUGGUUCCGGAACUGAGUUGGUCCUGUCCCGGAAGCUAAGUUAGUCCCAGGAUCUUUGUUCUGUCCCCAAACAUACUUGUAGUAGACUAGACUAGUAGGGUUUUAUAUUCUUGUUACUUACAACAUAUACAUACAGAUAUGCAGCAGCAGCAGCCAUCUGCAAUGAAAUCUGCUCCUUCACCUUCUAACUUGGUCACCACUGAGCAGAUUCAGAAGUAUUUGGAGGAAAACAAAAACUUGAUACUGGCGAUACUUGAACAUCAAAAUCAAGGGAAAGUUGCAGAAUGCAACCAAUUGCAAGCAGUGCUUCAGAAGAAUCUGAUGAACUUGGCUGCAAUUGCAGAUGCCCAACCACCGCCCUCUGGCCCUCCACAGGGGCCACCAAACUCUAUUGCUCAACAAGGAAACUACAUGCAGCCACCUCAAGGUCCAAUGCUGCAGCAGCCACCUCAAGGUUCAAUGAUGCAGCAGCCACCUCAAGGUGCAAUGACGCAGCAGCCACCUCAAGGUGCAAUGACGCAGCAGUCACCUCAAGGUGCAAUGGCGCAGCAGCAACAUGGUGGCCAAGGUGUUUCGAAGGCGCCCAAAGCUAAUGCCCCCAGAUCACAAGAUCAGCUGCAGCAACAGCAGCAACAGUUGCUCCAUUUCCAGCAGCAGCAGCAGCAAAUAUAUGGCCAAAUGGCGAUUAGAGCUGGCGCAAACAAUGGGAUGCAUGGUAUGAAUCCGAUGCUGCAGCAUGGGCUGGGAACUUCAGGCAGCUUGAUGGAUGGACGAGGGAUCAAGAAAGAUUCCCCGGAGUCUGCUUCUGGUGAUGGACAAAGAAAAUAUGCUCCUGGACGCGGUAACAGAGAAUAGUCAGUCCCAGAUGAUGCCUAAUUGCAAAGGCACUAUUUGUCUAUGUUACAUUUUACAGUAAGGUCACAACAAUCAUCUAGAUGGUACUAGUAGCAUUCUGAACACUUCUGCAUUGGUGCUUAUUGAAAACAUGCUUUGUUAGAAUGUAAAGAAGUCAGUUCCAUAUGGGUUUUUUCAGUUGAGGUUA